AUCAGCGCCAAAUUGUUUCCCUGGAUUUCUUCCUAUGUUCUUCCUCAGGAACUAGAGCUAAAAGCAACUUCAAUAUUACCUCCACGAGUAGUGAUCCUUCAACCUUACGUACCUGAUUGAAGUCAAAACAUAUUCAUGCAUAUUGCAAAUUAUCACACCCUCAUCACUUCGUAACGGAUUCAUCUCAUCUUAUAAGAUAAUAGUGUGAAUAUCUUCACCAUGCUCAACAUCUACAUAAAUCGCCACCGCCACUGCCACAGCAGCCUUCCCCAUCCUUCAUCCUACUUAUCCUAAGCCUAGACAACCUUAAUCAACAUUGAUGUGCCGUCUAAUUUGUCUCUCGUUGCGCGAGAGCGUCCAAGGUCAUAGCUGGACCUACUGUGUCUCCCAAAUAAGGUCCUCAGCCUUUCCCGUCGUCCUCUGUCUAACAUCCUGACAUGAUAUAUGGUGAACCACUCCUAUUCCUGGAUUGGUUCGUCGCGGGGUAGCGCAAUCCUUCUUCUGUACCCUCCACUUGACGUUCUAUAGGUCCCGAAAAGCGAAUGAAAGUUCUGUAUGACAAACCUUGAAGUCAUUACACACAUUCGGGCAUUGUCCACUAGGUCUUCAAGAACAGCUUACCAAUAGCUAUCGGUAGAUAUCUCAUUCGCGGUUUUAGGGCUGUCCGAACCGUCGAAUCAUAAUUCGGUAUCCCAAGGCUGAAGAGUCGGCAAAGCUUGAAGAAGUACCUAUACGACGUUUUCAUGCGCGUCAAUGUUCUGAAUGCCUCAAUCGGCAAUUGUGAUGGCUUCGCAAUUAAUAACUCGUCACUGCUGACAAUACUGUUCUCGAGCUGAAAAAUCGGAUUUGGGCCACGGAAUAAUUUACGUCCUUAUCCGCCUUACAGCCGGCAGAUGUUUGAGGGAUGCGAAAUCUAGAUACUGUCUUCUGGCUAUCGAUAUAGCACGGCAUGCAUAGCCCUUGCGAUGUCAUGUGUCAAAGGUACGAUCCAAAGCUCCUACGAAGUACACCGCUAGCCCAUUCAAGAACAUCCUUUAAUUUAUUUCAACUCGUCGAUCAACAAUCUAGAAGAGUUACAUAGAAAGAUGUUACUUUACGAACGUAAGGAAUACUGUAAUCCAGACCAAAAAUUUAUCUUCUGUGCUCAUGUGGAUGCAAGUGAUGCUCAGAAUCUCGAUGUAGCGGUAGGGUUGCAGCCGCUGCAGGGACGCGCGACCAAAACAGCCUUAUUUGCGUCGUGCAAUAUCGCAAGGCUGGGUUUAAAUGUGAUCACACAUCGUGUAGAGGCCAAUGAAGACACCGCAAUGCGACUUUUGCGUUAG